AUGGCUGAACUUUGGGAAGAGGAAAGAAAACUUUUUGAGGAGGAAAAUAGCAAGAGAGAAGAAAUGAUAAAAUACGCAACACUCCGCGAUGUAGAUCGACAACCAGUUCAAAAAGUCAUGGAGGAAAUUCGUAACAUGUACUGUAAACUGAUGUCAUGUUUAUCACGACGAGAAUCUUUUGUCCUACAGGAAGUAAAAGAUCGACAAAUGCUCUUGAAAGUUGGAUUAAAAAUUUGCAAUGAAUGGCUCCAAGAAGGCAACAGCAACAGACCAACACCAUUUCAUUUGUUGAAACCUGAUCAGCAGAAGAAGCUCCUCCAUGCUACAAAGAUGCUUGAAUUUUUUAUCGGGUUGACACCAUACGAUUUCGAUGCACAAAAGACCGGAGACUCACAACAAGAAGCAGUUCAAAGACAACGACGACAGAUAACUAACGAACAGUGA